CUGCUCUCUGCUCCCGCAGCCAUGAGCUCCGGGGCGGCGGCGGGGCCGAUCUUCGCCGAGGGCGAGGACUGCAGGGCGGCCUGGAGCGAGGCCACGGCCGGCUACGAUGAGCCCGACGCCCACCUGGAGAUCCUGGGCAAGCCGGUGAUGGAGCGCUGGGAGACCCCCUACAUGCACUCGCUGGCCACCGUGGCUGCCUCGAAGGGUGGGCGCGUGCUCGAGGUGGGCUUUGGCAUGGCCAUCGCCGCCUCCAAGGUGCAGCAGUUCGACAUCCAGGAGCACUGGAUCAUCGAGUGCAACGAGGGCGUGUUCCGGCGCCUGGAGCAGUGGGCCAAGGCACAGCCGCACAAGGUGGUGCCCCUGAAAGGGCUGUGGGAGGACGUGGUGCCGACGCUGCCCGACGGGCACUUCAGCGGGAUCCUGUACGACACGUACCCGCUGUCCCAGGACACGUGGCACACGCACCAGUUCAACUUCAUCCAGGGUCACGCCUUCCGCCUGCUGCGGCCUGGGGGGGUCCUCACCUACUGCAACCUGACCUCGUGGGGGGAGCUGCUCAAGACCAGGUACAGCGACAUCGAGAGGAUGUUUGAGGAGACCCAGGUGGGGCCCCUGGUGCAGGCCGGGUUCAAGAGGGAGAACAUCAGCACGAGGGUGAUGGAGCUGCAGCCCCCCCCGGAGUGCCGGUACUACUCCCACCCCAGGAUGAUCACACCCACCGUCCUGAAACACUGAGGGGAGCGGGACACAAACCCUGGGGACCAGAGGUACCAACAGCUCUGACCUCCUCCUGACGAGAGAGAGCAAACCCGAUUCAUCCAGAGGGAGCUGGAGGCUCGGGAUGGAAGUCCAGCAGACAAAAGGACUGGAAGGUCCCUGCCAGGAGCCCCCUGCCCCACAGGAGUCUUCUGGGCUCUGUCCAAGAAGAACCUACCCUGUUCUGUCCUGACAGGAGGGUUUCCACUGAAGACUCAUCUCCAAAUUCCUCAGUUAAGCUGGAAUUCCAGGGCUUUGGCCAAAGGGGUUCCAGAACCAGCCAUUUCCUCUAAAAACUGGAUUAUUUUGAGACAUCACAGGGUGCCUUUCCACAGACGAGCCAAAUGAUCCAAACCAGGCAGGAGAAACUGGGAAGACAGAGCAGUUUGAGGUGUUCUGAGGCAUUUCGGCUGCUCCUGGAGCAGCUCCCCAGGGAGGUUUCCCAACACUUCUGGCCAAAGCCCCUGGCAGUGAGUCCUGACCCUGACACCCCCCUCCCAGCUCAGUAAAUGUUUCCUCUCUCCCCAGAAGGGAUAAAGUCCAUUAAAAGGAAUGAAACACCCAAA